GCGUUUAUUAGCCAUGUCAGUGGUAGGCAUUGAUGUGGGUUUCCAAAACUGUUACAUCGCCGUGGCCAGAAGCGGCGGCAUUGAAACCAUCGCCAAUGAAUACAGUGACAGAUGCACACCGGCCUGCGUGUCUUUGACCUCCAAAAACCGCAUCAUUGGAAAUGCAGCCAAGAGUCAAAUUAUAACAAACUUCAAAAACACAGUGCAUGGCUUCAAAAAGUUCCACGGCAGAGCAUUUGAUGACCCAUUUGUCCAAGGUGAAAAACCCAAACUGCCUUACAGCUUGCAUAAACUGGCCAGCGGCAACACUGGAAUUAAGGUACGCUAUUUGGAUGAGGACAAAGUGUUCACAAUUGAGCAGAUAACAGGAAUGUUGCUGACCAAACUGAGGGAGACAUCUGAAAGUGCCCUGAAGAAGCCAGUGGUCGACUGUGUCAUAUCUGUCCCAAGCUUUUUCACGGAUGCUGAAAGGAGAUCCGUUUUUGAUGCAUCUCAGAUUGCAGGGCUUAACUGUUUGCGUCUGAUUAACGACACUACUGCAGUGGCUUUGGCUUAUGGGAUCUACAAACAGGACCUUCCUAAUCCAGAGGAGAAGCCAAGAAAUGUGGUGUUUGUGGACAUGGGACAUUCAUCAUACCAGGUGUCUGUCACUGCCUUCAACAAAGGCAAACUUAAGGUCCUGGCCACAGCAUUUGAUCCUUACCUGGGGGGGCGUAAUUUUGAUGAGGCGUUGGUGGAGUACUUCUGCGAGGACUUAAAAUGCAGGUAUAAGCUCAACGUGAGGGAGAACUCAAGGGCUCUCCUGCGGCUCUACCAGGAGUGCGAGAAACUGAAGAAGCUGAUGAGUGCCAAUUCCUCUGACCUGCCUCUGAAUAUCGAGUGCUUCAUGAAUGACAUUGAUGUUUCUGGCAAGAUGAAUAGGGGCCAGUUUGAGGAAAUGUGCACUCAGUAUCUGUUGAGAGUAGAGCUGCCACUGAAAGCGGUCCUUGAACAAUCAAAGCUCAGCCGGGAUGAGAUCUAUGCGGUGGAGGUGGUCGGAGGAGCCACCAGGAUUCCUGCCAUCAAAGACAGGAUCGCCAAGUUCUUUUGCAAAGACAUCAGCACCACACUCAAUGCAGACGAGGCUGUCGCUAGGGGGUCUGCACUUCAGUGUGCAAUUUUGUCCCCAGCGUUUAAGGUGCGUGAAUUCUCCAUCACCGAUGCGGUUCCCUUUCCCAUUACUCUAUGCUGGAAGUCGCCUACAGAGGAUGGAGUCGGAGAGUGUGAGGUGUUCAGUAAGAAUCACGCAGCGCCCUUUUCCAAAGUAAUCACCUUCCACAAAAAGGAGUCCUUUGACGUCGAAGCUUUCUACAGUAGCCCUCAAGAGCUUCCAUACCCGGACCACCGGAUAGGAUGUUUUUCUGUGCAGAAUGUGGUCCCCCAGCCUGAUGGAGACAGUUCUAAAGUGAAGGUCAAAGUACGCGUCAAUAUCCAUGGCAUCUUCAGCGUAUCUAGUGCCUCUCUGAUUGAGAAGCAGAAAGGAGAGGGCGAGGAUGUUCAGAUGGACAUGGAGCCAUUGGUUCAGAAUGAAGGCAGGGCAGAGGACCAGGCUAAAAUGCAGGUGGAUCAGGAGGGCCAAAGCCAGGGGGAACAGCAGAAUGAGGAUGCUGGCUCGUGCAGUAAGGAGGGAGCCCCGGGGGAGAAGCAGGACCCAGCAGCAGGAGGAAGCAAGCCAAAAGUCAAGGUGAAAAGUAUCGAUCUGGCCAUUGCAGCCAACACCAUACGACAGCUGGACAGGGACAUCCUUAAUGACUUUGUGGAGUAUGAGGGCCAGAUGAUCAUUCAGGAUAAGCUAGAGAAAGAGCGCAAUGAUGCAAAAAAUGCUGUGGAGGAGUAUGUGUAUGACCUGCGGGACAAACUGUGUGGAAUCUAUGAAAAAUUUAUCACUGAGGAGGAUGGUAGCCGACUGACAUUAAUGCUGGAGGACACAGAGAACUGGUUGUAUGAAGAGGGAGAAGACCAACCUAAACAGGUCUAUGUGGACAAACUGGAUGCACUCAAGAGGUUCGGUCAGCCCAUCCAGGAGCGACACAGGGAACAGGAGGACAGGCCGAGGGCUUUUGAAGAACUGGGCAAGAAACUGCAACUUUACAUGAAGGCUGUAGAUUCAUAUAAACAGAAGGAUGAGCGAUUCACACAUUUGAAUGCAGAUGAGAUGGGUGCUGUGGAAAAGUCUGUAAAUGAGAACAUGGCCUGGAUGAAUAGUAAGAUGAAUGCCCAGAGCAAACUUGCCAUCACUCAAGAUCCCAUCGUCAAAGUUGCAGACGUCAUUGCUAAAAUACAGGAACUGGAUGACAUAUGCAGUCCAGUGAUCAACAGGCCAAAGCCCAAAGUAGAGGAGCCAGUAGAAGAAAAUGAGAAGAACAGCGGGGCGCAUAACGGCCCGACGGGCAGGCAAGGAGAAGGGAAGGCAGAUGCCAAGGUGAACCACCAGACAAAGCCUGGCUCGGGAGAGAUGGAGGUGGACUGACAGGAUAUCUGUCUGACAACCAAACCCAAACCCUGGCGCCAUCAUCAUGGUUGUCAUUGCUGACCAUUUAGACAGUAGAAACACGAGUACCUGGGACCAUUUCUCCAAGUUUACCUGCCACUCAAAAGGAUGUUUUGCACACAUUUUCAUUGUAAUCUUUAUCUGACAUUUCCUUUUGAUUUUUUUCCCCACUCCAUCAUCUCUUCGUGUGACUAUGGCGUGUUUUACUUACUAAAAGGUAUCCUAAUAAAUGGCUGAAUGAUCAUACAAUAGAUUAAACACUGAUUCUCAUGUAAAACUGUUUUUCUCCUUACGGUACAGGUAGAUAAGCCUUUGUUUGCAUUCCAGAUAUCUCAUAAAUGUCCAGUCUUGGUAGUAAAUCCCAUCAUCUCUCAGCUGUCUAGUGGAAGACAAGUAGAGAAAGUGCUAUCCAAACAAUCGCCGCGGCUGAUUGGUUUAAUAGUAUGUAUACAAUAAUGCAUAUUAUAUAUAUUUGUAUUUAAUGACUUUAAAAUUAUGUCCAUGUCUAGAAGUUGUAAAUACUAUUUUAGUAAUUCAAAGCAGCCAGUGCAUAUAGAAUGUGUGUGUGUAAAAAAAAUAAUAAAUACACACAUAACUUGUAUUAAAAAUGGCAAUGCUUAAUGCACCAAACUUAUAAAGGUGGAGAUUUGGAUGCCUAUUUCCUUUUAUCUGUUUUCAUGCAUUUUUCCAUAUUUAAGACAUGAGGUUCAGA